GAGGCCGCCGCCAGCUCCGCGCCCGACGCCGAGGCCGCGGCGGCCGAGGGGAAGGUCGGAGGGAGGGUGGCUUCCUCCCGCCCCACACCCAGUCUCCGAGCCGGAUAUAUAGAGUGUCACGUUUGGGAGCCGAAAGACGAGAGCAGCUUCCUCGUGGCCGGAGCACUUCCCGGAGCCCCGGGGAAGGACCGGGAUUUAGAGGACCACUAGUUGAGCCCGCCCCGCGCCGGAGGAGCAGGAACCUCUUUCGGAAGCUACAAAAGACAAAGGGAAGAGCCAUGUCCAUGAUUGCAGAUUUCUAUGGUGGCAAGUCCAUUCUCAUUACUGGGGCCACAGGCUUCUUGGGGAAAGUGUUGAUGGAGAAGCUAUUUCGCACCAGCCCAGACCUGAGAGUCAUUUACAUCCUUGUGAGGCCCAAGGCUGGCCAGACCCUGCAGCAGAGGGUUUUCCAGAUCCUAAAUAGUAAGCUGUUUGAAAAAGUCAAAGAAGUUUGUCCAAAUGUGCAUGAGAAGAUCCGAGCUAUUUCUGCAGAUCUCAAUCAGAAUGACUUUGCCAUCAGCAAGGAGGACAUGCAGGAGCUUCUUUCCUACACAAACAUCAUCUUCCACUGUGCGGCUACUGUGCGCUUUGAUGACCACCUGAGACAUGCCGUGCAGCUUAACGUCACUGCCACCCAGCAGCUCUUGCUCAUGGCCAGUCAGAUGCCAAACUUGGAAGCCUUCAUACACAUCUCUACUGCCUUUUCAAAUUGUAACCUGAAGCACAUUGAUGAAGUCAUCUAUCCAUGCCCUGUGGAGCCAAAAAAAAUCAUCGACUCCAUGGAGUGGUUAGACGAUGCUAUUAUUGAUGAGAUCACACCCAAGCUGAUCGGGGAUCGGCCCAAUACGUACACCUACACCAAGGCCUUGGGAGAGAUGGUGGUGCAGCAGGAGAGCGGCAAGCUCAAUAUUGCCAUCAUACGGCCCUCCAUCGUGGGAGCAACCUGGCAGGAGCCUUUCCCAGGUUGGGUUGAUAACAUAAAUGGACCUACUGGGCUCAUUGUUGCGGCUGGGAAGGGGUUUCUUCGGUCCAUAAGAGCUACUCCGAUGGCUGUGGCAGAUUUAAUUCCAGCAGAUAUAGUCGUCAAUCUCACCUUGGCUGUAGGAUGGUACACGGCAGUUCACAGACCUAAGUCAACAUUGAUCUACCACUGUACGUCUGGCAACCUCAAUCCCUGUAAUUGGGGCAAAAUGGGGAUCCAAGUCUUGGCAACCUUUGAAAAAAUCCCACUUGAGAGAGCUUUCAGGAGGCCAAAGGCUGAGUUCACAACCAACAACGUCACAACCCAGUACUGGAAUGCAGUCAGCCACCGGGCCCCUGCCAUUAUCUAUGACUUCUAUCUGCGGCUCACGGGAAGGAAGCCUAGGAUGACAAAACUCAUGAAUCGGCUUUUAAGAACCCUUUCCAUGCUGGAGUAUUUCAUCAACCGGAGUUGGGAAUGGAGCACAUACAAUACAGAAAUGCUGAUGUCCAAGCUGAGUCCUGAAGACCAAAGAGUAUUCAACUUUGAUGUGCGCCAGUUGAAUUGGUUGGAAUACAUUGAAAAUUAUGUUUUAGGAGUUAAGAAGUACUUAUUGAAAGAGGAUAUGGCUGGGAUCCCAGAAGCAAAGCAACACUUAAAAAGGCUCCGAAAUAUUCACUACCUCUUUAAUACUGCCCUCUUCCUCAUCGCCUGGCGCCUUCUUAUUGCAAGAUCUCAGGUGGCUCGGAAUGUGUGGUUCUUCAUCGUGAGCUUUUGUUACAAAUUCCUCUCCUACUUUAGGGCGUCCAGCACACUCAAGGUCUGAGAACAUUUGGCGAUCUCCUUUUGUUUGGAACCUCUCAGAUACCUCUAAAACAGCAACUGUGGUUCUCAAGAUUAGGUAGUAACAAAUAUGUCCAAGUCAUUA